UGCUCUUAUUGUUAUUGUCUGGGGUCAUUGAGAUGAAUGUAUAAGAACAUGGACGUUGGUCUCAAUCUUAAAUUCUGACCUUCUUCUCUGACUCGUCUGACUUGGGACGAAUCGCAAUUCAGACUAUUUGGAAGCCCUUACAUUCCACCCUCACCAUGACUUCUCGCGCAACCUUGUCGGGUCUCCUCUCGACGAUUGUGGUGUUCCUCCUUCUGAUACCUUGCAACGCUCUCGCUUCCGCUGCAAAGCAAUUUCACCUCGAUCCAGAGCGUCAAGCGUCGAAAUGUUGGGUCCAAUGUCAUGCUGGCGUGAUCGAUCAGGUGGAAAUUCCAGCGCUGAAGAGCAAUGGAGAUUCCUAUCUCAAGCAGAACUGCGAACUCAAGGCCUACGAGGAAGCCAUGACUCAGUGUUUCGCCCUGUACUGUCAAUCCGCGCCUGACGCGGCUUAUGCUGCAGAAUUCGCUCGGAGAAUAUGUGAAAAGGCGGGGAUCAAUGUUGCUUUCGCACUACCAGAGCCAUAUGUUGAAGCUGCUUCAGCGUACUUUGAAUCUCAGGCGUAUCUUACGGGAGCUGGAGUCCGACUCACUCAAGAUGGAUCUACCCCUUUCAUCGGACUCGGUCUCGCAUUCAGUAUCGGUCUUGCAGUCAUGGCUUGAGCUCGACACGACGUUCUCAUUAGCCUGGUGAUGAUAAUUAUAUGCCAAAUAUGUAGGGUGACUGUCUUAUGGCUUCUCAGCCAACAUCAUGUAUUCGGGCGCAAUGGAUUCCUGG